UUGGCUUUACUGUAUGUUUGACAUUAGCAGUAUCUGUGGAGUCAACGAGGGGUUAUUUCCCCCAGUAUAUCAUCAAAACAAUAACAACAACAAAGAGAAUUUCACUCUUGCUUCCAGUUUUUUUUUUUCUUCAGUUACUUUAAAUGUUGGUGAGGAGUGAAGGCGGGAACACCAGACUGGUUUACUCCCAGUGUAAUUGAAUUAUUUUUUAGCGUCAUGGAUCGGCACAGGAUAUUUGUAGCGAGAAUAUCAAGAUGUCCUCUACUACACUUCUAAUACACCACAUACCUCUCCACUGAGCAUCUCUACAGACUCAAAAGCCAUGAAGCUGGCUUUGCACAGGAUAGCAGGCACCACAGUGAGCACCUUAACAACAGGUGUCCAGUAUUUUGGCUCCAAUGAUGCCACCUACGAUGACCCCUCUGUUGACUCGAGGCUGAUCAAGAAUGGAUUCCACUAUGAGAAAACUCACUCUGCUCCAAUCAGCAGCUCCCUUACCGGGGUUGUGUCUGGUAAUAAGGAGGUCAUUUUAAGCGCCCUCUCUCCUAUUUUUCCCACCAAUGUCUCAGACGUAAUGCUGGGUAAUGCUACCUCUGUGGAGAGUGGAGGAGCAGUACAAUGUGCUGAGAACUUAGCAGACAAUAUGGAGUGUUUUAUGAUUCUCACUCCUGGUCAGCAGCUCGCAGUUGCCAUCUUGGCACUCACUCUGGGUACAUUUACAGUGCUAGAGAACCUCGUGGUGCUGUGUGUGAUUCUGCACUCCCAGACGCUUCGAUCUCGGCCUUCCUACCACUUCAUAGGCAGCCUGGCUGUGGCUGAUCUAAUUGGAAGCAUCAUUUUUGUUUACAGUUUCCUGGACUUCCAUGUUCUCCACCGAAAGGACAGUCCCAACAUUUUCCUCUUCAAGCUAGCUGGGGUUAUUGCCUCCUUCACUGCCUCUGUUGGCAGUUUGUUCCUCACUGCAAUUGACCGCUACAUCUCCAUCCACAGGCCUAUGGCGUACAAGCGAAUCAUCACAAAGACUAAAGCUGUCAUUGCCUUCAGUAUGAUGUGGACCAUCUCCAUCGUCAUCUCACUGCUGCCGCUGCUGGGCUGGAACUGCAAGCGUCUGGGGACAGUCUGCUCUGACAUUUUCCCUCUAAUUGACCAGAAGUACCUGAUGUUCUGGAUUGGGAUGACAAGCAUUUUGCUCUUAUUCAUCAUCUACGCCUACAUGUUUAUCCUCUGGAAGUCUCAUCACCACGCUGUCCGCAUGCUAAGCCGCACCUCUCAGAGAAGUGUGAUUGUCUACACCGCAGAGGGAGCUAAAGUGCAGACGGUGAGGCCUGACCAAGCACGGAUGGACCUCCGUCUGGCUAAAACCUUGGUCUUGAUCCUGGUGGCCCUCAUCAUCUGCUGGGGCCCACUUCUAGCCAUCAUGGUUUAUGACCUCUUUGGGAAGGUGAACGACUUCAUCAAGACCAUUUUUGCCUUUUGCAGUAUGCUCUGCCUGCUCAACUCCACCGUGAACCCUGUGAUCUACGCCAUGAGGAGCAAGGACCUGCGCAGGGCCUUCCUCAACAUCUGCCACAUGUGCCGGGGAGCAACGCAGACUCUGGACAGCAGCGGUGAGAGUGACUGGAACAUCAAGAGUGUGAGAACCACAGCUGGCAGGGCGGGGACAGAUGGAGGAAACCAUGCAAAGACUCGAGUAAAAGUUGCUCAAGUUAAAGUUUCUGGAGGGACUGACACUUCUGCUGCAGAGCCGGUCUAA